ACCCUGUGUUUGUGAUUGUGUUAGUGAAGCAGUUGGGGGAGUUUCUUUGGUUUGAAAGCCAAAAUUCCAAUAACUACCAACGUCUUCUUCUUGUAAGCUCCGCAAAACCCAAACUCAAAUCCAAAUGCAAAUGCAAAUGCAAACUCUCAUUCACCACUCUCAUUCCCAUUCCCUAUUCCUUCGCAACGCUCCUUCUUCUUCAUCUUCGCUCUCCGCCAUGUCUUCUUCUCUCGCUCUUCCUUCCACUCUCUUCUUCACCAAUGGAACUUCUCCAACCCUCCCUCGAUCUAGGGUUUCCAUGACCCUCUCCGCUCGAUCUCAAACUUCCGUUCACGACGCUCUCUUCGCCGAUUACAAAGCCUCCACUUCGUUUCUCUUCCCCGGUCAGGGUGCUCAAGCUGUUGGAAUGGGAAAAGAAGCUCAAAACGUGCCUGCUGCUGCCGUUUUGUUCAAAAAGGCUAAUGAGAUAUUGGGGUUUGAUCUUCUUGAUAUAUGCAUCAAUGGACCAAAAGAAAAGUUGGAUUCCACCGUUAUUAGCCAGCCUGCUAUUUAUGUCACAAGUCUUGCUGCUGUAGAGCUACUUCGUGCACGUGAGGGAGGUCAGCAGAUUAUUGACACUGUUGAGGUUACUUGUGGUUUAAGCCUGGGAGAAUAUACUGCUCUGGCAUUUGCUGGGGCUUUCAGCUUUGAAGAUGGGCUUAAGUUGGUCAAACUGAGGGGUGAGGCUAUGCAGGAUGCUGCUGAUGCUGCUAAAAGUGCUAUGGUUAGUGUGAUAGGACUGGACUCUGAGAAGGUCCAACAAUUGUGUGAUGCAGCCAAUCAGGAAGUUCCUGAGGCUGAGAAAGUUCAGAUUGCCAAUUACCUGUGUACAGGAAACUAUGCUGUAUCUGGAGGAUUAAAAGGAGUAGAAGUGCUGGAGUCCAAGGCAAAGUCUUUCAAGGCUCGAAUGACAGUGCGCCUAGCUGUUGCCGGUGCUUUCCACACUAGUUUUAUGGAACCAGCUGUGUCAAGAUUGGAAGCAGCAUUGGCAACAACAGAAAUCAGAACCCCAAGAAUACCAGUCAUCUCCAAUGUGGAUGCACAGCCACAUGCAGAUCCUGACACAAUAAAGAAGAUCUUGGCACGUCAGGUUACUUCACCUGUUCAAUGGGAAACAACUGUGAAGACUCUUCUUAACAGGGGUCUGAAGAAAGGCUAUGAAUUGGGACCCGGAAAGGUUAUUGCUGGAAUUGUGAAAAGAAUGGACAAAGGCGCUGAUAUUGAAAACAUUGGUGCUUAAGAAGGCUGUGGGACCUUGCUCCUUCUUCGGCUUCCAAUGAGCAAAAGCAAUAUUUAUUAUUUUAUUUCAUGGGAAAAUUUGCGCGGGCUAAAUCAAGAGAAUGCAUUCUCUUGAAGCUUUGUUAGCAAGGAGCAGCUAAAGUCAGAUUUGAAUCCCAGUUUUGAAGUUAAAUUAUAAUUCACGAAUUGACGCUAUGAACGAGUUAAAUAAGUGUUUGUACUCGGCGAUAGAAUUUUCAGAUUAGAAGAAACAAUACUUGCCAAACAAUAAUUAUAAUGUUUGUCAAUAAGAACAUUACGAAAUAAUUCUCACGU